GGCUGAAGGUGGCAACAAAAAUAUCACCUUCUUCUUCACUCUGCUCUUCUCAGAUUUGUUCAGAAAAUCUGCAGAGGAUCUUAUUCCUGACAAAAGAGAGAUUGUUUAGAAGAACCACCGAGUGGUUACUCAAUCUUGCAAGUUUGAUCACCUAUGGAGUAUCAGUCAGCUGAAGUUUUGCAUGAUAAAGAUGGAACAACCACAAGAAAUGAAGUAACUGAAUCUAAUAAUGCGAAGGUCGAUUUGGAAGGUGUUCCAAAAUCCAUUCCUGGAUCUCAAAUAAACAAUGAAAAACUUAUACCUGAUCAGAGUAGCAGGGAGUUUGUUUCACAUGGUGCACUUCUGGGAGAUGUGGGGACCUCUGGGGAUGUAAACAUGGAGGCCACAAUAACACCAGAUGAUGUUAUUCGCGCUGGGGGUUUUGGGGCAAGAGAUGACAUAAGUAGUUUUCUUCCUGUUGCAAGUGAUUCAACUGAUUUUGAAGCUUCAAUCCGUGAUGCCCAAGAUUAUGAGCAACAACAGGAAGAAAUACGCAGGCCUGGUCUAGGCUGGACGGAGACAUCAGGGAAAGAGUAG